AUGCAAAACCAUCGGGAGCUAUUGGAGCUGUCCACAACGACCACUCCAGACGACAAAAAGGAGCUGAUAGCGGAGAUGGACGGGGUCCUUGACGAGCUGAAGAAAGCUCAGGAUGCCGUGCAUGUGGAGCUGCUGUCGAAAAGCUCGACACAGGACAUGUCGGCGGUGCGCGCCUAUGGCCGUUCACUGAAUGACUUGAAGGCGCUCACGCGGCGCCUGGACUGUGAGAGGAGAAGCCUAACGAAAAACUCGGUCCUGGCGACUCUGCUGGUCACGGUCUGCCGUCGAAUACUGCCAGUGCGACGCAUCGAUCCCGCGGAGCUGACGAACAUCCCGGCUUCCUAUGAAGGCCCAGUUGGACUGGUGCUGGUGACGGGAUGUGACGGGAAAGUGGGGAAGGGAUACUUGCAGAUACUGGAUUUCUAUUUCUUCUCAGUUCCUUGGACAGCAAUUCCUCUACCAAGCUUGGUGGGGAAAUCCACGGGUGGACCUGUCAAGGUAGCGCUGCAGAUCAUGAGACGCCGUGGGGAGAAGGGUGGCCAGAAGGGCGCCCACAAGGGCGCCCACAAGGGCGACCACAAGGGUGGCAAGAAAGGUGGCUACCAGACGGAACCGACCCCUGAUGAUUUGAUGUCUUGCACCUGCAUCUUCAUGGAGGGCAACAAAUAUUUUUUGGAGGACGUCUUUGAAGCAACGGAGCCAGUGCAGCAGCUGCGGUAUCUUCUUGGAUUGGCAACAGCCGCUGGCCGAACAGAGGCUCUUCAAGUGCCUGUGAAUGGGGAGCUGUGUCAAGCAGCAGAGGAAGCAGCCCAGCGUUGGCCCGAAAACGACCUGUUGAGAGCAAUAAUUCCCAAAAAUGAAAGGAUUCCGAAGAAGUAUUCUUUAAAGCUCAAGGUCUUGCUACUUGUAGAGGGGGCUGAGAAUAGUCUGGACAGCUUGGAGAUUCUUAUGAGGCUUCGAUUCUGCCAUGGUCCCAUUUCAGUGUUCAAGGUAGAUUUGCCCAGAUCUGUUCAAAGCGAUGGCCUUACUGCAGAGAAUCACCAAGAUGUCUUGAAAGCCCACGCCAUGUUUGUGCGCGCAGAGCGCGAACGUCUGUCCACGCAGCCUGCGGAUGCGUGGCACGUCCAGGUUGCUGGGGAAAGCCACUUCCUCCGCUGUGCCGUGACCUGCCCGGUGUUUUAUUCCAGGCGGGGAGAGGAAGGAGAUCUCUAUAUCCUGACAGUUUGGGACUCGGAACAUGGACCGGAGGUGAAGUAUUCUGGUGGGGAUAUUUGUCACCAAACCGAUAGCAACCUGGUUGCUGCGGCUAGGCGGGAAUUUCUGGAGGAGCUACAACCCUUUGGUAUCUCCGAGUCUGACCUAGCUGAGCCGUUCGAUGAUCGUGUCUUCAUUUACUAUGGUGACCUCAAUACCCGAAGCACGGCAAGAUAUACAGUCAUCCCAUACAUCUUCAUCAAGGUCAAGGCCGAUUUUUUUGAGAGGACCAGAGUGGAAGGCUAUUCCAGACAGGUCAAUGCCGAAGCCUCGCGCUUUGUGACUGAGAACAGUUUGCCGGAAGUCAGGCGCCAAUACCACUUGGGGGAGCAUGCCUUACCUUGGCUGGAACACACGUGCUGGGAUUGGGUGAAGAGUAGCAUAUCAUUUGAGGGCAAGCCCAGUGAAGUGCAGUACGAUGAACUUGAUGGUCAUCGUGAGCCUAGAAUUUCCGAUUCAAACCGCGACAUAUUGAUCACCAUCGAGAGAGAUCAACCGGACUUGUGGCGUGACUUUACCAAUCGCUUCUUGACAUGA